UCGCCCUAAAAGACGCGGCCGAAAAAGCAGUAAAAAACUGUCAUGGUGGCCUCCUAUGCACAGAUAGAAAAAUGUUUGCCCUUUCUAACUGCCGCCUAUUAUUGCAGACUCUUUCCAGACAACCAGUUACUCCAAGUGUCAGAGCGGUACAAUGUACGAGAAGUCUGACAUCUCCUCAGCAAGAGCCGCCGAAGAAAGAUGAUAUGCCCAUCAAAUUAGAAAACCCAUACAAGCAACCCAAAAAAACUUGCAUUCUGUGCAAUAUAACCGUAGACUUCAAAAAUGUUCAGCUGUUGUCUCAGUUCAUUUCACCACACACAGGCAGAGUAUAUGGCAGGCAUAUAACAGGCUUGUGUGGUCAGAAGCAGAGGGAGGUAUCAAAGGCAAUAAAGAAAGCUCGCUCAAUGGGUUUUAUGUCAGUCACACUGAAGGAUCCACAGUUUAUCAAAGACCCCGACAUUUGUGGCAACACACUUUGAUUAAGAUACAUUGGAUCAAAAUGUUGCAAAUAAUCAAUAACUUAAAGCCAGGAUUGGUAAAAUUGUCUCAAUUUAAAGUGACUUUGUGUUUUUUGUUUCUAUAAGCGUGUUUUUAAUAAUACAAAAUUGUUGUGAAAAUAAACUGAAAUAUUAAUAAAUCAGAAAAUCA